UUGAUUUGAAAGAAAAAUAAAAAUUGGUAUAAAUUUUUGAUUAUUUUGAAGUUCUUUAGCCAUAUGGAUAUUAAUUAUAGAAUAAAUAUCGGCAAAUGGUUGCCACUUCCGAGUGAUGUUCUUGAGAAAUGGUUGACAGACUCAUCGAUGCUCAUAAAAAGAAUGGACAAUUUUGUGGAAAAUAUAGCGUUAAUUAUUCGAGACAUUGCAGACGCUCAGACAUAUGAUUCAAAGGUAUACAAUGGAAUCGCAAACGAUUUAGAAGAGAUGAAAGAAGAAUAUAAAUCGAUCAGUACGAUGAAUCUCAGUGCACAUCCAAUUUAUAAUUACAAGAUGAGACAUUUUUUGAUGAUGUUGAAACGAAAAUUGAACGUCCUCGCGAGAUUUACUCGCAACUUGAUUAACGAAAUCGUCGAUUGCAAGAGCGACGAGCUACUUAGGAUAAUUUUCAGAUUGGUGAACAUUUAUAAUGAUAUGCUGGAUAUGGAUAUCGACGUCUCUGAUGUUUCUACGAAUGUGUUCUGUAACGAUUGUCCUUACAUGUUAGAACCGAUGAAGAAGAUAUCUGUUACACGAAUAUUGCAGAUAUUGGCCAAAAACAGAGCCGAGGAAUCCUGCCACGAACUCAUCGACUGCCUUUUAACAAAUUACGAGCCUCAGGAGAAGACCGAUCCUUCUUCAACAAUUUCUGGUGAUGCUGAUGUUUCGGAUAAUUCGAGUAUUGAAAUUUAUCGAGCUCUCACGAGACAUUUGACGCCACCGAUCGAGAGUUCUUCGUCGAAGACGGAACCAGAAGUGUCGAAUAUCGAAAGUAUUCAGACGUUGGUCAACACUCAAAACAAGUACGUUCUUAAGCUGUUGAACGUUGUGCAAGAAAUUUCGCCUAGAUUGUUGGGCACAGAUGCCCUGAAAACUAUCAAUGGUGAGACGAGGCUGAGAAGUAGCGCGAUAAAGAAGGUGAAGAAUUACUACCAAGAGGUCGCGUGGGGUGCUUUGUCGAGCAUUCUGGAUCACGUGGUCCUCUGGUGGUCUCCGGAGGCCCUCGCGACUCGUCACAGUCACGGAGCACAGCAAUUGAAGGACUGGCUCAGUCAAUUCAUCCAGAAAAAUCACGUGCCAGAAACGGUGAGGCCAGCAUUGCAAAACCUCUGCGAUGCUCUUCGUUGCCAUGCCACAAUCAUCGAAUGGGAUCAAUUAUUUAGACUGGCAUACACCUCGGCUUUCAAGUGCCAAUCGAAAGCUUCCUCCACGGACGGAUCUGACACGGGCCAAAUGUUCGGGGAAUUGUUCCAAUUGCUGGUCAGGUUGAGCAACGAGUGCGAGGCAGGCGGCGAAUGGGUGAUAGGUGCCCCAUUGAUGGAGUUGCCAUUGUCGGAACAGAUCGUCGUCCUCCAUCGGUUAGAUCAUUCGGUGCACACAGCGAGGCUGUGGAUAGUGCAAGAGGCGAAAAUCAUAGCGCAUACGUGGGAACUGGACGUGUUCUUCCUUUUGGUGAAGGGCGACAUAAUUAAUUGCCUCGAGGAACUUUCUUACUUAAAGCUUGCCGAUCAUAUCAAUGCAUUAUCGACAGAUUCUGUGAGCGUCCAGGUAUACGUUUGCGCAAAAAUGAGGGCAAAAAUUGUAUCCGAGGUGAACGUGAAUAUAGAUCUACUCCAGAAAUGUUCCACCAAGUGUACGGAUAUUCUGGCGAAGAUUUGCCGCGUGGUCAGCCUGGCAAAUUUGCAUAUGUGCUUUCCAAGGUCGAGUUAUUGGAGGAAAGGUGGCGACGUAGCCCCGGUGGCGGCUAGCCUCUACGUGCAGCCUUACUUCGAGAAAGUAUUGCUCCCUGUAUUGGAAGUUAUCGAGGAUCCCGAUACGUCGAACAUGAUCCUGAAAAUUAUGUGCGAAGCUUGGUUGGAUUACAUAUAUCUGCAUCGAAUUAAAUUUAGCGAAUAUGGCGCGUUGCAAUUGCUCACGGACUUCGCUUACGUGUCGAAAUGGGUGACCAAUUGUCCGAUAAUUUCUCAGAACGUACGGGAUCAUCUUUUAAAGAACGAAGUGUUGCGAAGAUGCGAGGGGGUUGGACGAUUGCUUCUUCGACAUCCUGGCGAGGCUAUCUCCAUGCGCAAACGACUUGCUAGAAGAACAAACGAGCGUGGAUCGCCAGAAUCCCCUGGAUUGGAACGGAUGCCGGCGGAAAUGUACGUGCCCAACCAGGAACAAUGGUUGGAGCUUCGCGCCUCGAAGAGAUAUAAUUUUUGCUGUACCGAAUAUUGACCAAAUAAUAUUUCAACGAAUUUAUUAUUAUACUCUCGAAUCAAUCGUGAGAUAUUAAAACUUAGAUUCAUAUCGUUUGUUUCUAAAAAUGUUCCUAUCCUAUAUAUUUAAAGAUUGUCGAUGUUUCGAUGAUCAAGUUUCUAAUUACGUUUCGCAUCUGUGGUUAUAUGGCAAAACUUGAUACAUCCUACGUAUAAUUUUACGAUUAAAAUCACAAUGCUGUUAGGAAAUACGUCUCUUAAGUGUCAUAAAUCUCAAUUAAAUAUACACAAUAAUCUGAAAAAGUAUUCGCAGACCAUUAUACUUAUACAACAAUUUAUAUAACUUAUAUAGCAAUAUAAUAACAUUAAUCAUGUUGUCAUUCAAAUUGUACUUUCCUUCUUUCAAAUUUUAUAAAAUUAUACUACACUUUUACAAUUAUCUGGAGGAAAGAAUUAAAAUAAAUAUAGUUUUAACAUCGUCAUCUAACAUCUACAUUUUUAUCAUAACACUUAC